GCGCGAUUUAUUUUGACACUCACUGACAGACGAUGAAGACGGUGUGAUGCCACUUUGCCAGUAGGCCUAAUUCGAAGAUGAAUAGUAUACAACUUAAGUGUUAUGCACACAUGUAUCGUGAUGGUAUGUGUGAAGGAGACAUACGACCAGCCAGUGAUAAAUCUUGGGCAGACUUUCUACGAAGUGUGCAGGUGUGGAAGACCGUAUCUGCACCCGGUGCUUCGUAUCUAUUCCUUCCUGUAUGGCACCGGGAAGCAGCCCGCGUGGCCAGAGCUUUCCUUGAUGGGUACCCCCUCGGCGUCGUUGUUGAGGAAAUGCCCAUUCCUGUAAACGCUGGCUUUCAUCGCCAAUGCUACACUUCUUUCACCUCUUAUUCAUUGGACAGGCAUGACAGGAGCGCAGUGAUCGAUAUAGGCCUAGAGAGACAAGACCAAAAACAACAAAACCAGACAACCGAAAUGCCUCCCGUCACACCGGCUGAGCAGUCACAGACACAAGGUUAUAAUAAUAGUCUCCCAAACCCCACGCCAAUGGCCAACGACGUGGGUAACUAUGAGACUCUAUGUACGGUGCGAGGAAGCAUCAUGUACACCAGUAUUGAGACUGGCCUGAUUAGCUGGAAGACUGGCAGCCUAGAAUUGGCCACUACGCCAACGGGACAGGUGGUCUGCUUGGUCAAUUUCGACAAUGGCCCCUCCAAAAAAAUUGUGGUGACCAAUCAGAUUAGAGGAGUGGUCUUCAAUCACAAUGUACCCCGAUGCAGCAUUGGUCUUGCCAAUGGGACCACCAUCAGUUGGACCGCCAAAGUCAACGGAAAAAUCACACGUGUUAACCCCCCGGCUGAUGUCGCUCGCCUCGCUGAUCUGCUGAACGACUUACGCGAAGAACGGAAGAGAGGUAUGGCCAGUCAGGAUCAUUCAGGCUCUGGAUCUGCCACAAAGAAGAGUCCUUUAAUUAAGACCGAGUCGAGCCAGGAGGAAACAGCGAGAUCUGAUGCAUCUGGUGGUAAUAGUCCUCCCCACCCAACGACAGUGGCCAACGACGUGGGUAACUAUAAGACGCUAUGUACGGUGCAAGGAAGCAUCAAGUACACCAGCAUUGAAACCGGCCAGGCUAGCUGGAAGACUGGCAGCCUAGAAUUGGCCACUUCGCCAACGGGACAGGUGGUCUGCUCGGUCAAUUUCAAAAUUGGCCCCUCCAAAAAAUGUGUGGUGACCAAUCAGAUUAGAGGAGUGAUCUUCAAUCACAACGUACCCCGAUGCAGCAUCGGUCUUGCCAAUGGGGCCCACAUCAGUUGGACCACCAAAGUCAACGGAAAAAUCACACAUGUUAACCCCCUGGCCGAUGUCGCUCGCUUCGCUGAUCUCCUGAACGACUUACACGAAGAACGGAAGAGAGGUAAUGCAAGUCAGGAUCAUUCAGGCUCUGCAUCCGCCACAGAGAGGAGUCCUUUACUUCGGUUUGGGUCGAGAUUGAGCCAGGAGGGAACGGCGAGAUCUUCGCACCUUUGGUCGGACACCUGCGUUAUUUGCCAAGGUACUCAGAACAAGAGGGAUAACCACUCUGGUUUAAGACGGAAGGAACCCCUCACGGUGUGUGAGCAAAUUGAUGGUGGUGCUCUUCUGACCGCUGCAAGGCUGAAGAAAGAUGAAGAUUUGCUUCUUCACAUUGAAAAUAAAGACUGCGUAGCGAUCGGACUGAAAUACCACAGAUCCUGCCUUAUGGAAUACACAUCAAUCCCUAAAAACCCAGAAGGAAGUGAACCACCAGUGCCCCUCUAUGACAAAGCCUUCAAGGUCUUCUGUGCAGAUACCAUUGAUCGGCUUCUCUUUCAGGACAAAAAUGUCUUCAGGAUGACCAAGCUGAAAAGAAUCUUUGAUAGAACUGUACAGGAAGUCGAGGACCAGGAUUCAUCAGGAUACAGGACAUCGUCCCUGAAGGACAGACUGAUCAAGUCAUAUCCGCAGCUGUGUUUCUUGAAACCAAAGACGACGAACAUUUGCGAGUUGGUGUAUGCCGACAGCUUGACCAGAGAAGAUCUUAUUGAAGAUUUGACCACUCUGAAAGAAUCCGUAAGGAAAGAGGAAUCUGAUUCUGAUUCCAGCUCGGGUAUGCAGGAAGCCAAUGAGCAGUCAUCCACUCCUUCAUGGAAGUCCAGUAGGGACCACAUGUGGACCUGCAACCGCGUCGGUAUUUUGCGAGACCGCUAUUCAACUGCCCUUGACAUUAAGAGAGACAUCGCCAGCAUUCCAUCUAACCACGACCCAUGGCCCCCAACGUCCUUGAACCUUACUGUGGAUGAUGCCCGUCGUAUCGUCCCAACGAAGUUGUUUAACUUCUUGGCAUGGAUUGUAGGCAGCUCGGAUGACCCAAAAGAAGAUGAAAUGGUCAAAGUAGUAGAUGGAGAUGAACGAAAGAUACUCGCCAUGGCCCUGGAUGUUAUUUACAUGGCAACGAGGGAGAAGUCAGCACCAACGGAUGCGUCCUCUGCGAAAGCAUUUUAAUUUCAAACUUCGAGCCAUUUUCUGAGUAUCAGCUCCCAAAAGUGCCCACACAUAUGAAGUGGAAUAGUGUAUGAUAAAUGAGUACAGUCAACUCUCGUUAGUACAAACUCUGUUAAUACAAAAUUCUGGUUAUAACAAACAUAAAGCCUUGGUCCCGACUGUGCAUUUAUGUACACAAUGAAUGGGACUGAUGUUCGAGACUCGACUGUACUCGUAAAGAACAUUGCAGCUCAGAUCAAUAGGGUCAUCCCUCAAGCGUUGUCUGAGCUCUGACAUACUGUUGUAGAACUUAGCUCACCUCUCCUAGUACCUGUCCAGAAUGUACCACACAACAUAUACCACCUACAUGUUCAAGUACAAUCCAAAUCCCUUUGAGGGGUGCCAUUACAUCUGGUGUACUGUGGUGAUGAUCUGUUCAACUUCCUUUGUCUUUGCAACAUGUACAUACGUUAUCUCUAUUAUAUUUGGUUGUUUUCUGGAGACUUUUAUACUAUACAUAUUUAGUUUACAACUGUUUUGUUUACCAACAAUGCUUAAAGUACUUUUUUUUAACUGUACACCAAAGAAGAGAAUAACAAGUUUUUUGGCUUGAUGCAGGCUUGAAUGAUGCAGAUUUGUUUAAAAUGAAACAAGCCAAUUUGAGUUACACUAAAUAACAGGUAGUGUAAUUUUAAUGUCAUUUCAUGUAUGACAUCUUAAAUCUUCAACAGGUUUCACAAAGGCAACCAUUACAUGUUGUAUUUUUAUGUUCGAUGCAGUCUUCUGAAUGAUGGACAAGUGUGUGACAAUAAAAGAAAGGCAUAAGCCCCAAUUCUAGUAA